UAUAAAUGCGUUGUAAUAGUAUAAUAUCCAUAUUGCCUUGUUUUUGUUUUUGGUAACAAGUCAUGAUGAUCGUAUUGUUGUCCAUUGUUGGCUUGCUGUGCGUUAGCCGAGGAGUUUCAGGAGAGGCGGUCUCAUUUUCUUUAAACAAUGCUGCUCCGUCGUCGUCAUCUUUAGUAUUGGCCCCAACAUGUAGGAUAUCAACUACUGUCACGUUUUCACAAAAAAGAAUUACUGCAGAUUUUGGAUCCGUUUUAGAAACAAGCAGUCAAGCAGUUGAAGAUGUUGACGCCAAUGAUGAAGAUAGCGUCGUACUUGCGUCAACCUUCAACUCCCACCUCGCCGAAGCUGGAGUGAGUUCAACUGCCGUCAAUUUUGACAGCCAAAUUCCAUCGAAUGCUGAGCCCUCGGUAGUAGCAGGCGGAGCAGAAACUGAUGGCACUGCAGCUAACAAUCAAUUUGACUACAUUCCAGAUUUCCGACCAUACCCUGGGCCAAUAUACCCUGGUUAUUGUCCAUCCAUCGUGGCUCAUAUCGAGCCUAUCUGGGCACUAAACAGCCAGCACCAAUGGGUCAGGAUUUUCCAGGCGUACUACUUCAGACAGCGAUUCCCAGUUGUUUACUGCAUAUCGGCAUAUUGUAACCAAUUCUACAUCAACUAUCAAGUAGGCACUCAAGAUUCUCUCUCGUACUUUCCUCCUAUUGGCCGAUGCUACGUCAAAUAUCGUUAUUUUUAUGCUGUUGUAAUAACAGGCUGUGGAGGAAUCUACAACUAUUACGGUGGUUUAAGUCUUCAAGUUCAAGCGAUUCGACUGCCAGGAAGCUGUACUUGUCGCAAUGAUUUUAUUUGGCCUUUUUACAAAAAGUAGACGGUUGUGGAGAACACAACAUUUUACUCAAGAAUACUACCUUAAUAAUAACAAAUAUUAUAAUAAUAAUUAUCAUUAAAAAGCUUAAGUUAUAUAAUGUAUAAUAUGGAAUAACAAC